AUGCCACCACUAAAGUCCCAGUCUAGAACAAAUGCCAUAAAGCAGAGGGUAGAAGCAAAAAAAGGAAAAGGAAAUCAACAGAAAACCCCACCAAAUGAAGUGCCUAAUGUUAAGCAAAAAGGAAGAGGGAAUUCUCCAUCUGUGAAGGCUGGAAGGCCCACUGAUCUGAAAAAUAAUGAAAGGAAUAAAGUCAGUCAGAAUAGAAAGAGAGAUUUGGAAGAAAAGGAAACAAGCAGACUAGUAAUAAAUGCUAAUGGUAGAUCACAGCCUCAGCAUGAAAAAGACAGUCAGAUUAAAGGGGUUAGAAACAAGAUCCCCAAACCUCCACCAAAAGCACCCUCAAACAUACAAGGGAGGGGCAAGAGCAACCGCCCCAUCAAGCAAGAAAACAGGAGAAGUGACGAAGAGACAGAAAGUGAGCCAGAGGAGGAAUCAGAGAGUGAUGUAGAAAGCUCAGCAGAGGCAACAGAAGAGGAAAUUGGUAACAAUGAGGAGGAGGAGCAGGAGAGUAAUGAAGAGCCAGCUGAGACGCAGGGGAGUGAGGAGAGCAGUGGGGAGACUGAGGUAUCAGAUACUCGAAGAGAUACAGAACAGUCAGCGAAUGAGGAAUCAGACAAAGGGGAAGCUGAGUCCAGCAGAAGUGAAUCUGAGGCCGUACCUGUUGCAUCCAGUGUGGAAGAAGAGGAGGAAAAGGACGCUCCAGUAUCUGAGGCCAGUAACAAGGAUGAAGGCGAAGACAAGGAGAUAACCCACGGGGACACUAAAAAGCCAACUGCUGAUAAAGGCUGCAGACGGCGCAGACAGACUGUACAUCCCUCGAAGCCAGCACAUCCAGAGAAGUCCAAGAUGUUUAAAAAAGCUAAAGCAGAUAAGCAGGCUGAGAAAGUUGAAAAACAAAGGGCCAAAGCAGAGAAGCAGAGGUUAGAAAAGGAAGCCAAACAAAAAGCCAAGGAAGAAAAAAAGAACAAAAAGAAACCGCCGAAAGAUGAUCAACCAAGUUCUUCAACAGAGGAGGCUCAACUCCCGAAAUCUCUGGCCCGCAAAACAAAAAAUAUCAAAAAAAGAGAUUCUCUUCUAGAAGCUGAUCAGGAGGAGGAGGAGGAACCCGAAGCAACAAUGACCAAAGGCACCAAGGAUCGAAACCGGACAAUGCCUCUUAAAGCCAAAGGUAAAGACAUAAAAGCCGCUCCGGAGCCAGAGGAGGCAGGUGUCGUCAGAGAGCAGCCGCAAAACUUGCUCUUGGGGAAAGUCAAGAUGGCAUCUCUUCGACACAAAGCAAACAAGAUGUUAGUAAAAGAAGAUGAGCAGACAAUAGAGAGUGACGCUAUUGAUGAGGGGUCCAGCAAGUCUAAGGAACGAUUGCUUGUACAAAGAAAAGGUAUGACGACUCUUCGGAGAGUGUCUGGUUGGAUUCAAAAGAAAAUGCCACGGGGGUUAAACUUGAGGAAGAAACUUUCUGCUUGGACAAAAGCCAUUGGGGUGUCUCGCUGGCUUUCUGUUCGCGCAGUAAAAAGAAAACAAGGCCCCAAAAAAACAAAGGGUCAUAUCUUCAAACAUAGAAUGGUCAUGAGGGUUGCCAGUAAGAACAAACUGACCAGCAAGAAAAACCCAAGCUCCUCAGAGGACAAACCAAGCAAAGACACACCGAGCCUUCUGAAAAGGGCAGGGGAGGAUGAGGAUGUGGAAGAGGCAGUCCCAGCUGAGGAGAAAGAGGUAGAGGCCAAAUAUGCUGUAGUACUUCCAAGGAUGAACAAACUAGUCAAGGCAAAGACAGCCGAGGAACCUCCUGUAGUACCCGGAACUUCAACUCCAUCAAGCCCACCAGGUGAACCUGCCUCAGAAUCCAAACCCCCAAAGCCAGGUGCCAAGCUCGUACUUCCCGUUAAACCAGAUCUCAGCCUCCUGAAGUCCAUUAAGAAGCCUUUGACAAAAGGCUUAACAUCUGAAAGAGAUGUGGCAGAGAGGAGCCCAGAGCCCAGUGGUACACUGGAAGAGUCAUCCACUACUGAGGAUCGAAAGAAGGCUGCCCCAGACACUGAUGGAACCAGUAUACUACUGGCUGCUAGAGGGAGGCUGAACCCAUCCCAGAUCAACCUCAACAAGAUGUCCUUGUCAAGGGGAAGAGUAGGUGGAGGACCAACACGGGCCAAGGAACCAGACCCAGAGAGGGAGAGUGCAGUUGGGAUAACCAGGGCCACCACUCAGCCCUUUCCAAAUGAGGAGGGAAAUGCAGCGAGAUCCGGUGUUCGGUCUGUAUAUGAAGAAGAGGCAGACAGGGAAGUGGCCCAGCUGAUGGGUGAAGGGGGUAUUUAUUGUCCCGCCCAACCAGAGGUACACUGGACUGGAAACCCACGGAUGAGUGGAGACCCUCAGGACUGGCUGCGUGCUGAGAACCUGCUGCCCCACCAAACAAUAGAGAAGUUAACUAAGUGGACAGUUUAUGAUGAUGAAGGUCAGGCAAGGACCAUUCCUACCCACAAUGGCAGAGGGCCCUGGGAGUCAGAAGACCCUGCCCAGGAGAUGCUAGAGAGGCGAUUAGCUAGCACACAGGUGCUGAUGCCUGGCAGCAAAAGAGCUGUAGAGGUGGAUGAGGUGGAGGAUCUGUCCCAGCUGGAGGAAGUAUGCGAAAGUUCAGUACUUCUGAACCUGAAGAAGCGGUUUCAACGUGACUUCAUUUAUACUUACAUUGGAAACAUGCUACUGUCCAUUAACCCCUUUAAGCCUCUUAACAUUUACACAGAGGAGCUGAGACAGAAAUACCUGGGCAAAGAGCAGCAGAGAAACCCACCCCAUGUGUACGCCAUAGCUGACUCAGCCUUCAGUCUUUCUCAGACCUCAACACAGGAGCAGUGCAUCAUCAUAAGUGGUCAGAGUGGCUCAGGGAAGACUGAAGCUACCAAGCUCAUAGUUCACUACCUCAGUUCCAUGUACCAAGGCAGAAAUGACAACCUCCGACAGCCCAUGGAGGUCUUUCCAAUUCUAGAGAGCUUUGGGAAUGCCAAGACCAUCCUCAACAACAACUCCAGCCGCUUUGGCAAAUAUCUCCACAUCCACAUUCUCCAUGGAGUAGUUGUAGGGACUUCAUUAUCCAAAUAUCUCCUAGAGAAGUCUAGGGUUGUCUUUCAGGCCAAUGAGGAGAGGAACUACCAUGUGUUCUAUGAGCUGCUGGCCGGUUUGAAUGACUGGGACAAACAGGAGCUCUACCUGCAAGGAGCGGAGACCUAUUACUACCUAAAUCAAGGAGGUGCCUGUGAGAUGAGGGCAAAGCAGGACAAACAGGACUUCCAACUCCUGGUUCAGUGCUUUGAGACCAUCGGCCUCCAUGGUGAUCAGAUCUCCAUCAUCUGGGCCAUCCUCUCCUCUAUCCUCCAGCUUGGAAACAUAUGCUUCAGCUCUUACGAGAGUGAGUCAUUUGAGGUGGCCCGAAUCUUCAGUGAGGCUGAGGCCAGGAGGGUUGGCUCCUUGUUGCAGAUUUCCUCUGAGGCCCUGCAGACUGUGAUUACUCACAGAGUAACAGAAACCACCUACGACAGGAUCUACUGCCCCCUGUCUGUGGAAAGUGCCAUAGAAUCACGAGAUGCCAUUGCCAAAGCCCUGUAUUCAGUCCUGUUUGACUGGUUGUUGGAACAGAUCAAUGACUGGCUGAGUCCCAGAGAGAUGGACAGCACCGUGGGUGUAGUCGACAUCUACGGCUUCGAGGAUCUGGGAGUGAACAGCUUUGAGCAGUUGUGUAUCAACUUUGCCAAUGAGCAGCUGCAGCAUUUUGUCAACAAGGCAGUGAUCUCUCAGGAGCAGGAGGAGUACAGCACAGAAAACAUCCAGUGGUAUCCAGUGCCGCUCAAGAAUUUCCACUCUUGUCUGGAGCUGAUCUCCUCCAGGCCACACGGCAUCCUCCGCAUACUGGACGAUCAGACCUGCCUCCCACAGGCCACCGACCACACCUUCCUCCAGAAGUGCCACUACCAUCAUGGGAACAGCCCCUACUAUGCCAAGCCCAAGAACCCACUGCCAGUCUUCACAAUCUAUCACUAUGCUGGAGCUGUCACCUAUCAGGUCCAUAAUUUUUUGAACAAGAACCAUGACCAGUUCAGGACAGAAGUGGUGGAGCUUUUUGCCAGAAGUCGGAUAAAGAUGGUGUCGGAGCUGUUUCGGAAGGUCCAAGACAACUACAUCCAGCAGAGAGAGCUGGGCUGGAGAGGAAAGGGCCUCCGCCAGCAGCCUUCUACCGCCGCUUCACACUUCCUCCAAUCCCUGAGUGAACUGACCACACGCCUGGAGAGAUGCAAAACUACUUUUAUCCAUUGCCUGAAGCCAAACUAUGUCAAGCUUCCUGGGAUCUUUGAUGUGGACUAUGUUUCAGCCCAGAUGAGGCAUGCAGGGAUGCUGGAGACCAUCCACAUUCGGAAAGAGGGUUUCCCUACACGGAUGCAAUACUCCUAUUUUAUUGAGAGGUAUGGGGUUCUGCUGACCCAGCGGUUGAACGAGGCAUCAGACAAGGAGCUGACAGUGGCUCUGCUAGACGUGAUUGGUGCAGAGGAGGGACAGUACCAGCUAGGUCUCACCAAGGUGUUCCUCAAGGAACCUCUGUAUCAGCAGCUAGAGGAGAAAUGGAGCAGCACUCAGACCUGGGCAGCUGUCACCAUCCAGAGGAACAUCAGGGGUUUCCUCUGCAGGAGGAACUUCAGGUUCUUCAAACAAAAAGCUAUCGUCAUUCAGAGCCACAUCAGAGGACACCAGGCCAGGAAGUACUACAAGCGUCUGAAGCUGUCAUUCACCCAGUUCUGGGCAGUGAUGCUGAUCACCAGGAACACCAUCAAGAGGCGCCAUUGGAGGAAGGUAGAUAAGAGAGACAGAGGGGGGCAGGGGAGGACUGAGUUUCAAGAGAAGAACAAAGUAAAAACAGUGGUUAAGACUAGGUCCGUCUCACCGGAGAUGGACGUGGGAAUGCUGGAGAUCCCUGCUGAGCUGUCUGCUAGACUUCGCAGUGCAGCAGGGCGGCAGCAUGCAUCAGGGGUCACAGAGGUUGCACCUCCACAGGUGAAGGCGGACCACAGGCUUGCUCUGCCUCUGGAUAUUGACAGACACCCAUUCUCUCGUUAUGCCAACUCCAUGUUAAAGGACACAUGGUGCCAGCCUCAAGAACAACCCCUUCAGAGACCCCUCACCGAUCUGGACCAUGAAGAUGCCAGAACUGCCCUUGAGAUUUACAAACUGAUCUUGAGGUUUACCGGAGAGUCAGACCUCAAUACCUGGCAGGAGCAGAUGUUGGGGAACUACAUCGUGGAGAAGGGCCUGAGCCAGCCAGACUUAAGGGACGAGAUCCUGGCCCAGUUGGUUUACCAUUCAUGGGACUUGGGAGAGGUGCAGAAAAGUCUGAGAAGCUGGCUGCUGUUGUCCUGCUGCCUCAGUGCCUUCACACCGUCACCAACGCUGGACAAACCCCUGCUCAAGUAUGUAUCUGACCGUGGUCCAGGGGAGUAUCGUUCACUGUGCCAACACAAACUACUUACAUCUCUGCAGCUCCCAUCUCCCGCCACCCGUGUCUACCCACCCACCCAGCUGGAGUGGACCUCCAACCAAAGGAAGGGAACCAUGCUGCUAGAUAUACACACCUUCAAUGAUGAGAAACUGACAUCUGAGGUGGAGUCAUGGACAACAGGAGAGCAGCUGGCCUCAUGGCUUCUUCAUUACCGAGGUGUGUCAGAGGCAACACAGGGUUGGUCGGUGUCUCUUGUGACUGAUGAAGGCUGGGUGGAUCUGGCUGGAUCGGACUUUGUCAUGGAUCUGUUGGCUGAAGCCGAAGCUGAAGUGUUGCCGCCACCAGGGACUCACUCACCUUUGAACUCUGACUACUUAUUCAGCAACCAAGGGGGCAGAAUGCUGAAUUCAGGUAUGAAUGACUUCAUCCCACCAGCACCUUUCAUGCAAGCUCCUAGGCCGCCUCCUUUUGAAGAACAGCCCUGGGGAAGAGAUUAUCCACAAGAAGGACGUGGUCGACAGAUGGAUGCCUAUGUUGAUGACCUUUAUGCUCCUGUACGUGACAAUGGACCUCCGAACAUGGACAGAGUGACCAUGCUGAAUCGUCGGAUGAGAGGUGGAGGCGGGAUUGGACCCAUGUAUGGAGCUGGUAUGCCUAUGACUAUGCCAACCUAUCCCAUGGGAAUGCCUGCCGCCCCGGCAGUGCCCAGCUAUGGUGUAGCUCCCAUGAUGCCAGCCAUGCAAGGCAUGAUGGUGCCUCAGAUUCCUGCUCCAGAUCCCGUCCAGCAAGCGGCAGCGACACAGCAGGCUCUUGUGAACCAGCAAGCUAUUCUCAUGGCCCAACAGAUGACCCUGCAGGCUGUGAAUCUGGCCCAGCAGCAAAGCCAAGAGCAGCAGAGGAAGCUGGAGCAGCAGAAGAAGGAGGAGGAGAGGAAGCUGGAGCAACAGAAGAGGGAGGAGGAGAGGAAGAGAGAGCGAGAGAAGAAGCAGGAGGAGGAGAGGCAGAGAGAGCGAGAGAGGAAGCUGGAGGAGGACAGGAGGAGAGAGCGAGAGAGGAGGGAAGAGGAGGCGAAGAAGAGAGCGCAAGAGAGAAAGCAGGAGGAGGAGAGGCAGCGGAGACGUAAGUCGUCACGUCGUUCCAGACGCUCACGCUCGCCCUCCCCAGAAUCUCCCUCACGUUCACCCGUACGAAACAAAGCAUCUACAUCUAAAAGCUCCUCCAGGAAAUCUCCGACAGAGUCGGAGAGUGAUUUGCCAGAUCCAGAGGAUCUGCAGUCCGUCAGAGAGAAGAAGGACUACUUCCAGAAGAUUGGUAAAUCCAAAUCCUCAAAGUCACGUCAUGGGCACUCCAGCCCACCCAGACAGCCGCCCUCCCCUCCACCACGCCAAGAGUCGCCCCCACCUGUAGCGCCUAAGCCCAAGACAAAGCGUAACAAAACACGAGUACGUUCAGAAUCACCACGUCCUCAAGAAAGACCUUCCCCAAUACCUCUUGUUGAACGGCCUGAACCUACAUCCAACAUUCGCGAAAUCAUCAAACAGUUUAACAGCCGACCCCAACCAGAACCCAAACCCUUCGAGCCUGUCAGACCUGGAAAACCAUUUAUAAAGAAGAGUAACCCGAAAGAGGAAGCUCUGGCCAAACUCAGAAAGAAACAAUCGGCACCUCCAGAUAAAGCAGGCUCUCCACCGAACCCUCCUCCCUCCGGCGCAGGGCCCAGAGUCAUCUCCGAGGACAUGAAACAGAAGCAGCUGCCCUUGGUGGAUCUGUUUAGCUCCCAACGCACACAGCAGCCUCCUCCUCCUCCUCCCCCUCCUCCUCCUCCUCCACCUCCUCCUGCCCCUGAAGUCCCACCACCUCCUGUGCCGUCACCACCCCCCCCACUUGAGGACAUACCUGAACCGCCGCCCAUGACUGCUCCUUCUCUCAAUACAAUGCCAGAUGACGAAAACAUCCGGUCCCAGUUCCACCGCUUCUCUGCCGGGGUUUACUUCUCUUACUACAACAUGCCUGGAAAACUGUACAUGAGAAAGGAAGUGUUUUACCCCAAAGAGAUGUUCAACCGGCCCUACAUCCUCAAUCUGUUGAGUGAACAGAUCAUGAGGGACACAUACUCUGACAGCUGUGAGAGAAUCAGCAGAGAGGAGAGGAGGAAGAUGAAGGACCUGCUCGCAAAUUUCAACGUGGGAACGACCAUAAGUACCAUCGAGGACGACAGCAUGAAGAAGAGGAUUAUCAUUGCAGCCCGAGACAACUGGGAAAACUACUUCACUAGACUGUUUCCCAUUUUGCCGAACACUGGGGAUGCUGAGGUGUUGGGUGUGUCCCAUCGUGGAAUUCGUCUCUUGAAGGUGCUACCAGCGUCGGGCAUCAACCCCAGACAUCUGAAAGUGCUUAAAAGCUUCAGUUUUGCAGAGGUUCUGUCAGCUGACCUCAAGGACGACGACAAAGUGGAACUGGAGCUGAAGAAUGAAAACUUGGUGCUGCAGUCAUCCAGAGCUCCUCAGAUCACUGAGAUGCUCCAAGUCUUUCUCCAGGAAGUGGUCAAGGAAUCUGGUCAUGUAGUAGCCGUGAGAACUUUUGUGACGGACGACAAGAGUCUGCUCAGCUUCAGCAAGGGGGACGUCAUCAAACUGCUGCCAAUGGAAGGACGAGAGAUGGGCUGGCUUUUUGGCUCGUUGGGAGGGCGUUCUGGUCUUUUCCCAGAGGACUACACUCAGCCAUCUGCAGCCCCAGACUACCACAGCAUGCUCCUAGAACGAAGGGAUGAAAGGCGUAAAAGCAUGAAGGGUGAAAGACCCGUCAUUCUACCCAAGGGCCCAUCUUCAGUUCCCCCCAGCAGAGAGGCUUCCCGCCCAAACUCAGCUCAGAGUUUUGUCCCUGACUCAGGGAACCAGAGUCAGGGACAAAACUCAGGGAACCAGAGUCAGGGAAAAAAAACUGUCUCUCAUUCAACCAUGUUUGAAUUUGCCAUGAAGUACUUUAGAGUGGGGAGAGCUGGUCUGCCAGGAAGAAAUAUUACAGAGGCAGUUCAACACACAAAGGUCCCCAUCCGGGACUCUCUAAUUCACUACAACGAUCCUGAAAUCAAUGCUUUAUCAGUCAAGUGUUUCACAAACGUGAUGCAGUUUAUGGGCGACAUCUCAAUGAGCAGGAGCAGCACCCAGUCAGACUGCUUGAGCAAUAUCCUACUGCUGGGGAAGGAAAAUGAGCCACUGAGAGAUGAAAUCUACUGUCAAGUCAUCAAGCAAGUCACAAACAACCCAGCUAGAUCUAGCUGUGUCCUCGGCUGGCAGAUGCUCAACCUGAUAACCGGUUUCUUCCCCUGCUCCGACUUCCUGCAACCCUACAUCAUGCGCCACCUGAAUGGCAUCUCUCAGGAUUAUGAGCACACAUACCACGAGGAAGCAAGUGCGUGUCAGCAUAAUCUACAGUGCACUCUCACAUUUGGAGGACGCCGCAACCUCCCCACACAUGUUGAGAUGGAAGCUUUUCUGGCUGGCAAAAACUCUCGACAUAUUCCCAUUCAGCUGCCAGGAGGACCAGAGGUCCCUGCCCAGAUACAUAACUUCAGUACGGCAGCCGAUGUGGUAAAAAUGCUGUGUAAUAAAAUGGGGAUCACAAAGCUCAGAGACAUGAAAGAGUUCUCCAUCCUUGCCAUCAGAGUUCAAGAUGGGACUAUCCGUCCCCUCCAUGCUGAGGAGUACUUAUAUGACUUCCUGAUGGACGACGGCUCAGUCUCCAUGUUCCUGAAGAGAGUGAUCUGGGCACAGCCUCUCUCCUUCAACAAUGACCUCUAUGUGGACUUCCACUACCAGCAGGUCCUGGCCGACUAUCUGAGUGGGUGGUUGAUGCUUCCUUCUGAUACGGUCUCAUCAGUCCAGCAGAUAGCAGAGCUGUCAGCACUGCAGCAUCUGGCUCAGGGUCUGAAUAACCAGCCCUCACUGGUGGACAUAAAGGAGUACCUGCCCCCACAAGAAAAGGCCGGCAAUAGACUCGAGGCAAUCCAGUCUUUCUGCCAGGGUCAAAUAGCUGCCAUGCAGUCCGUCAACCCUCAGGAGGCCAAAAUCCGAUUCACUGAAUUUCUGAGCACCCUGCCUUUGUUUGGCUCCACCAAUUUCCUUGUCCAGAAGGUGAGCCAGCGGAAUUGCCCUUCCCCCUGCAUGGUCAGCGUCAACCACAAGGCAGUGCAGUUCUUCCAUCCUAAAACACAGGAGCAGGUGUUUGGGUUUCCUCUGACAGAUGUUAAGUCUGUGUGCACCGUGCGCCCCAAGAAACAAGGCAAAUCUCCCACAGUGGACAUCACCUAUGGCCCACCAACUAAACUCAGAAAAAUCACCGUUCAUCUCAAACAAGCUAAGGAGUUGUGCCACAUCGUUGCUCUAACAUUGGAAGAGUCGGUUGGACCACCAACUGCCAGUUCCGUUGCAGCCCAAGCAUAGGCACACAUACAGUCAAGAGAGGUGCUGUUAAUCACCAGGUUCACUUUUGUGUUGAAUGUUUUUGUAAAUUUAUCUUUAUUUGAAAAAUGACGAGAAUGCUGCACACUCAGCUCCAAGUAAGAAAAUUGUUUUUUUUUUCGCCUUAAGUUUUCUGUUCCAUUGCCAGCACCUCAACAAGACAAUCUGCAGUGUAUAUUACUCUUCUCUUACAAAUUUAUCUUUAUUUAACAGUGCAGACAAGAUGCUGAUAAUCUCUCCAAUGUUAUACGAGAGGAAAUGAUGCAGAGCUGACAUAUGUAGUACUCAUCAAAGGCCAGAUUUGAAUUCAGGGCAGGAGGAUGAGGGGUAAUUCACCAGUUAUUGCUAUAUAAUUAUUAUUUUUAAAUUAUUAAAUUAUAUCAUUAUUGAAUAAGUCAAAGCCUUAUUGAUUCUCCUCUGAUUCUCUUGUGUAUGAAUACUCUAUGAAUCAAUGCUGAAGUGUGGUUAAUCAUUAUGCAAAGUACACUAAAUACAAGUUUAUGUUAUGUAAUGUAAGUGAAUCAUUUAUAAGAAUUAAAGAGAUAUGUUGAUUUA